CACGUGACAUACAUACAAGUACAAUUACAGUACAAUAAUUGACUUCCUUCAUUUCUAAAAAUAAUGUAUCGGUGAUGUUCCUUGCUACAUCUUCCUGAGAUUAUGACAUUUACGACGUUAUAUGUGACCAUGAAGGCCGCACACGCUCCUCGCGUUCAGCCUCCAGUCGGUGUGACGUCACUACCUGUCAUGGCGGCCCCCGUAGCGCUCGUCCAAGGGGCCAGCAGGGGACUCGGGCUGCAGUUCUGCAAGCACAUCUUAACAAACAGAACCGCCGCCGCCGUCAUCGCGACGUGCCGGAACCCGGGCGACGCGACCGAGCUGCGGGGCCUGGCCGAGCGACACCCGGGCAGACUCACGGUCCUGCGGCUGGACGUGAACCGGGAGGAGGAGGUGCGCGGAGCCGCGGAGCGGGUCAGAGAGAGCUUCGGUCGGCUGGAUCUGGUCGUCAACUCGUCGGCCAUGCUGCACCCCUCCGGGAAGGGAGAGACCAGCCUGAGGGACGUGUCUGCUCAGGGUGUCAUUUCCACCUUGACAACCAACACGGUGGGCCCCCUGAUUGUGGCCAAGUAUUUUGCCCCCCUCCUCCAGAAGGGUGGUGGCGGUUUCGGUCAGCAGCCCCCGGAGAAAGCACAGCAGCACAGCGGCAUCCUCGUCAACAUCACCGCCAAAGUGGGGUCCAUCGGAGACAACGGUCUGGGCGGGUGGUACAGCUACAGGAUGUCUAAAGCAGCGCUCAACAUGGCGACCAGGAACCUGUCCAUCGAGCUGGGCCGCGGUCGACCCAAGGUGGGUUUGUCCCCACAGGUUCUACAUCAGAAGUACACGAGACGCCAGCGGAGGCCUUUAGUGUCUUCUAAGUCGCCUUCUGAGACCAGCAGAGGAGACGUGUUCACACACACACACAUGAACACUGAUUUAUCUCCAUGGAAACCACUAUCACUUCAGCCAUUUAUUUCCUCCAUCAACCAUGGAAGAAGUAACCUGCACAUCAUUGUGAGGUGUUGUCUCUGUUGUUACAGCUGUUAGAACACAAAAUAAAUACAUGAAUCACAAUAAACAGAUACACAUGAUGCAGAAGUAAUGAGGUAAGUAUAUUGAUUUGUAAAAAGUCUGAAUUCAUGUUUUGUUCACAAAUAACUUUUAAAUCACUUGUUUUCUGAAUGGAGUCUGGAUCUAUCCGUGCAGAGGGGUACGUCUCAUCUCUGAUUGGCUCUGAUAAAGCACCAAAGGUUGUGACCACUUGUGC